GACUGUACACACACGUAUAUCAUUUUGGUGAACAUGAAGUCCACAUUGAGUCAAGUAUCUAUCGUCUCACCUUUCAAACAUUGAAGUUGCUUAAAUUGCCGGUAGAAUGAGAAGGUCUAUACAGAAAUGGACAAUAUUUAUGACCAGGCGAAGAAUGGUAAACGCCAGGCAGCAGAUAGUUGGCAUGGUAAUCUUCAUCAUUGGUGUUUUCAUCCUCAACGCCAUCCUCCAGACAAAGUCCUUACAGAACACCUCACAGGUUCCGGAUGGUAGCAACUAUGUCAAUGGGCCUCAUCAUGUCACUGUUUUAACCUUUAAAUCUUUCCCUGACGUGCCUACAAACUGUGUGAAGAGAGUCCACAUUUUCGGCAACCUGACCGAUAUGGCGAUCUGGCCAGAACUGUCAUCAUGGUACAACCUGUUCAAGAGGGGUCAGUUUUUUAAACACACCGCAGAUGUCUUCUGCCCUCUCUACAAUUGUACCCUCCGUUUCACGAUUGGGACCAAUCUAACUCAUUUGAAGGGAAAGGAUGCUGUCAUAUUUGGCGCACUUCCAAAGGCCUUUGAAGGAAGACUCCAUGAUAUGAUUUCCAAGGACCCCGAGCCUACGCAAACUUGGUUUUAUUAUAGCACUGAAACACCACUCCGUGUCGUCCAUUGGAACCGAGAUGUUCGCGUUGCCGAUUUAAGGUAUCACAAAAUGAUGACCUAUCGUAGUGAUUCUGAUAUUCAUAUUCCUUUUGGGUAUUACCAAAAAAGACUAAAGCCUCUCACAGAUUAUGAAUUUAAUGAAAGAUACGGACGAAACAAGACGAAACUCAUUGCUUGGAUGGCGAGCAACUGCGCCCAGAUCUUCUGGCCUCGAAUACCGAUUGUGGAGCAACUCAGUCGCCGGUUACCGCUUGACACCUACGGAAGAUGCGGUAAGCUAUCCUGUUUACCGCAACGUUCCGAAAUGUGUAAGCUCAUGUUGCAACAAUAUAAAUUCUACAUGACUCUUGCAAACUCGGAGUGCCACGAGUACAUCACAGAAAAGUUCUGGGAUCAGACGAUAAGCCAGGGUAUCGUUCCCGUCGUCUACGGCGCGCCAAAAUCGGACUUUCAAAAAAUAGGACCUCCAAACUCCUUUAUCCACCUCUCAGACUUUUCAUCACUGAAAGAAUUGGCGGGACAUCUUAAGAGACUUGAUACCGAUCACGAGUCUUAUAUGAAAUACCUAGAAUGGAUUCGAGAUUACGAAGUAGUUAGUACAUUUCCUAUCCAGAUUACCCACCUUUGUCGAAUUAUACCCCAUUUAUACAAUGGAACAGCCCCUGAACUGCAUAGACUGGGCGACUCAACUUGGUACAAGGGGUGUCGAAAUCUACCUAAUGAGGACAUUUUCACCCCAUUUUGGCCUCGAGAGCAAAUGCUUGCUUAUUUCACAUGGACUCCGUGGGGUUCGGAAAGAGAUGGAAUGAAUAAAGGAACAAAUAUAAAACCAUUCUAAUAUAUAUAUCUUUAAAGCGCUUUGAGAGGGCCUUCGGUCCUGAAAAGCGCUAUAUGAGAACUAGCUAUUAAUAUUAUUAUUAAUGUUAUCAAACACACUUGACAAGAGGUCUUUGCUUCUUGGAUAAUAAAGGAGUCUACCUUUUUACACUUUCUUUUCAACACAGAUUUGGAUGUGAUAUUGAAUGAAAUAUUGAAUAAAAUAAUUUUACAUGAUA